UGAGAGGAGCGAAAGAAUGAAUCGGAAUAAAAAUGAAAGAAAAAACACCGAUCUAGAGCACAUUAUUUUACGAUGCACAAAAUCAGGUAACUACAAAGAGUUUGUCUCCACUGUAGAAGCGUCUGGCCACGAGUUACUUCGCUGGAGACAUACAAGAUCGGGAGACACAUGUUUACUGUUAUGUGCAAGAUACGGACAUGUCCAUAUGUUACGGUAUUUGGUGGAAGAAUGUGCUCAGUGUUUAGAACAAUGGAAUAACGAUGGCAAGAGAGCUUUGCACGAAGCCGUUCUCGCCGGACAUACCGCUUGCGUGAUAUAUUUAAUCAGUAGAAAAGUUGAAAUUGAUAGCCUGAAAAGAGCCGAUUGGACUCCUCUGAUGCUUGCUUGUACCAAAGACUGCAUCGAAAUAAUCAAAGAACUGUUGAAAGCCGGGGCAAAUCCGUAUUUAAGAAAUAAAGACGGUUGGAAUUCCUUUCAUAUCGCAGCCAGAGAAGGACACGUGAACAUAAUUCAAUAUUUUCUGGAUGAGUUCCCUGAUAUUUGGAACAGCGUUAGUAAUAAUGGUCGAACACCUCUCCACACGGCAGCUUUAUAUGGACACUAUGAAACAGUUCAAUGUCUGCUAGAGCGAGCAAACUUCCCAUCAGAUCGCGCCGAUUCAUGUGGGUGCACGCCAUUAAUGGAAAGUUGUAAAGGAAACUGUAUCGAAGUUGUGAAACUUUUAAUCACGAAGCAACAAGCCAGUCCAGUUGCAAGGGAUAAAUUGGGACGACAGUGUGCACAUAUGGCUGUCCUAUCGGAUUCCUUAUUACCCCUGAAAUACCUUGUGGAGGAGAUGAAAGUUGAUGUUACAAGCAGUGUCGAUUAUUCUGGAAUGACUGCUUUACACAUUGCAGCGAAGGAAGGCAAUGACGAAGCCGUAAAUUUCCUUUUGAAAACUGGGAGUGACGUCAACCGUCAAGACAAGAACGGAAGGACUGCGUUACACUUGGCAUCAGCCGCUGGCCAUCCAUCUGUCGUGUACAGGCUCGUCAACUUUCCCGGAUGUAAUGUGACAUUAAUAGAUAUCAAAAAAGCAACGGCAUCUGAACUUGCUUUAAAACGAGAAGUCAAACAGAUUUUUCACGAAUUGCAAAAAUGAGCAAUUGAAAUAACUGUGGAAAUGAAUGUCCGUGUAAAGUUUUAUGGCGAAAUAAAUCUUAAAUUGUCAAAGUAUAAAAUACAAGUAAACACAAGUA